AUGCCUUUUCCAGCAACUCCAUCACCAUUCCGCCUCUCCCGCCGCAACCCAUCCACGCGCCGCAGUGGCCCUCAGUUCGCCCCCACACCUCGGUUUCUGCUGUCACAAAAUGCAACACAGAAGGAAGAUGAUGACAUUGAUGUGAUAGACGACGAUGGACCAUCUUCAACGCGUAAAGUCGCGCGUGACCUGCCUGCUACCCAGAGUGCCACCCCCUCGCGCCAACAACGCGACGUGAUCGAGGACUCUGAUGAUGGCGCGGAUAUUUCACAUAUACGAGUCGGAGGGAGAGAUGCAGAUGAGCUACCAGAUGAUGCCAUAGACAGCACUCCUCCCGAUGAACCGGAGACUCAGGGCAUCCUGGACGCUGAGUUCGACGCACUGUUUGCACCGGCAAAGCACUACGGCAUGGGAUAUGAGUACCCAGAGACCCCCGCACCAAGUGCACGUCCAUUCGCACCAGCCACUUCAACCCAAAGCGAUAUAAAAACACCGUUCCGCAGUCGUCCUCGGUUUAUGCUUUCCUCGACGGCAAAGCCUCCCAGCAGCCAGUCCGGACCCAAAUUCAAACCAGACACACCGGGAAUAUCGCCGCCUGAGAGACGGAAACCGGCUUUUGUUUUGCCUCGCUCGCCGUCGCCGAAUCCGGAUGCAGAGGAUAUCCCUACGCCGUUCUCUCCCUCCUCACGCACACUUAGUCGACGUGGUCGAAACCGAGCUGGUGUAUCCAAUUAUAUUCCUGGCGGAAUGGCCGCUGAGGUACGCGGCUGGAUCUUGGAAAUGGGGACGAAACGUGACCAGUUUCCAAAGCCCCCCGUGGCUCAAGCUUCAGACUCGCAGGUGGCGGAUGCCUCGCUUGAAAAGCUACAAAGGUAUCUCCUAACUGCGCGUGUUAUCAAUGUCAGCCAGUCAGCUCUGAGCGCCUGUGGUUCUAUCGCCUUUCUUCAAGCAGAAGUGCUUAGUGGGAAUCAUGUGGAAGGGAAAAAUCCCAGUGUGAGGUUGAAUAUCAUGGUUAUGGGACCGUCACGAUCUAAAUCCACUGUUCGUCAAAUUCCAUCGGAUUCUGAUGCUACUAUGAAAUCCCAUUUGCAGAAAGGGGACGUAGUGGGGAUUUACAGAGGGCUCAACUGGAGUUUGGAGAUUGGGAAUCACUUGUGCGAAAAUCGAACACCUGGUCAGGUAUCUGAACAGAUCUCGGAAUGUGGUCCAUCUGAAAAUGGCGGACACACAGGGACAAAAGAGGGCUGGCUCAUAGCCAUGGAAUGGGACCUCAUUGAAACAGCUCCAUGA